CCCCCUGCACUGGCCCGGCCACCCCAGCUCUGCGUCUCUGUGACCAUCCCCAGGUCAGUGACUGGUGGGAAGAGUUUGUGUACCUUCGCUCCCGCAACUCGCUGAUGGUGAAUAGCAACUAUUAUAUGAUGGACUUCCUGUAUGUCACACCCACACCCGUGCAGGCUGCUCGCGCAGGGAACGCUGUGCACGCCCUGCUGCUCUACCGCCACCGCCUGAACCGCCAGGAGAUCCUGCCGACGUUGCUGAUGGGAAUGCGGCCCCUGUGCUCCGCCCAAUAUGAGAAGAUAUUCAACACCACGCGGGUGCCUGGGGCCCAGAAAGGUGAGACCCUCUCUCCCCUCCUGGCUCUGGGAGACCGGACAGUGUAGCAGCCAAGAGCGUGUGCGCUGGAGCCCGCCGCCGGGUUGCAUCCCAGCUCCCUCUUCCCAGCCGUGUGGCC